AAAAUGCAAACUAAUCAUCAAUGGCUUUUACUGGUUAGAUCAUCCAUAUUUGAUUUAACACUAAUCGAAAUCCGGAUGUGUGUAUCCGAAUGAUGGAUUUUUGCAAAGGAUGUAGUCUGUAGAUGGACACAAACAUAAUUGUGGAACGGUUGUAAGCUGAUAGCAGAUUGAAGCAACAAAUAAUUUCUCAGAAUGAUGGACAAAAUUACAACCUCUGGUGUGAACUUGAAUAAUGAACUUGUUAUUGACAAAAUCAUUGAGCAACUGCUUACAGUCAAAGACAUUCCUGGAAAACAGGUUCAACUUCCAGAGACUCAAAUCCGACAGCUGUGUUUGCUGUCAAGGCAGAUUUUUCUGGAUCAGCCAAACUUGCUAGAGUUAGAGUGUCCUAUCAAUAUAUGUGGAGACAUACACGGACAGUUUGAUGACUUGCUGAAGACUUUUGAAAUGAACGGUUACCCUCCAGAGAAGAAUUAUCUAUUCCUUGGUGACUAUGUGGAUAGAGGAAAAAGGUCCUUGGAGUCCAUCUGUUUACUGCUGGCAUAUAAAGUGAAAUAUCCCGACAACUUUUUCCUACUGCGUGGCAACCAUGAGAGUGCUUCAAUCAAUAGAAUAUAUGGUUUUUAUGAUGAAUGCAAACGAAGAUACAACAUUAAAUUGUGGAAGACCUUCACAGACUGUUUCAACUGUUUGCCAAUAGCUGCCAUGAUUGAAGAUACCAUUCUGGGCAUGCAUGGUGGGCUGUCGCCUCACCUUUCCAGCUUGGAUCAGCUUCGAGAGAUGGAGAGGCCUCUGGAUGUGCCAGAUUCAGGACUUGUCUGUGAUUUGCUGUGGGCAGAUCCUGAUGAGGACAUUACUGGGUGGGGUGAGAAUGACCGUGGCGUGUCGUUCACAUUUGGCGGAGAUGUAGUGAAGGAGUUCUGCAAAACGCACAAUCUUAGUCUCAUAGUGCGAGCACAUCAGGUAGUUGAGGAUGGCUAUCAGUUCUUCCAGAAGAGACAGUUGGUGACAUUGUUUGGAGCCCCAAAUUACUGCGGCGAAUUUGACAAUGCAGCAGCAACCAUGAUUGUCAGCGGUGAUCUCACAUGCUCCUUUACAAUAUUGAAGCCAGUUUUGAAGAAACUGAUAGUGGAUGAUCAGAAGAAUAAGAAGAAAAAAUAAGAAUGUCAGAUCAUAGAAGUAAUGCCAUGUAGAAUAUACUUAUAGUUCAAUUUUCUUUUUACUGAAGGGUUAUAAUAUUAAAUAUACAAUUGUAUGAUUUACCUGAUUGUUCAAUUGUUGAAGCAACACUUAAAAUAACCUUGUUUCAAAGAAGCAAAUAUGAUGAAAUGCUUCUAAAUUCGUAGUCAACAUCACUAUUUCAUGGAUAUACUUUUGUUUUACAACUAAACACAAAGUUUGACUAAAGACUUACUAAAGUUUUGAUUUAAAAACUUAAGGUUCCUCAUAUGUGUUAGUCACUGGAAUCAUCAGUAUGUUCAACACAGAAGUUCAAGACGUAUGAAUGGACUGCCAUGUGCAAUUCAUAAUGAAUCCCUCUCUGUUGUGGCAUUAAGACACUUUCCAUUUUUAAUAAAUCUCACAAACAUAUGGUAUAAUGAGAGUUAAAUAUAUUAACAACAGACAUUGAAUCUUUAUUGGAUCCAUUUUGAUUAUUUAAUUUACAGUUAAAUGACAUUUAUUUGAAGAUGAUUAUAAAGAAAGGAUUUAGAGUUGCUAUGAUUUUUUUGUCAGAAUUAUCACCCUUUGUCUGUUUUUUUUUUCAACAAACAAAGAUAAUCUCUUAAAACUUGAGUUUUCUACUCUUCUUUAAUUACUGGGUGGAUCUGGCUCUGACUUUCACAGUUGAAUGACCUUAAUGUGAAUAUUGUUAUAAAGAAAGGAAUUUGGCUGUGACAAGAUUUGACAGAAUUAUGGUCGUCUGUUGUUCCAUUAAAGAAUAAUUUGUCCCAAAAUGUGUUGUUGACUCCUUUCUAACUUUUGGGUGAAUCUUGGUCAAACUUCACAGUUGAAUGAAUUUCAUAUGUUAAUUAUAAUUAAGAAUUUAAUUUGCUGGCAUUAGGUUUGGUCAAGUCAUGACCAUUUGUCUUUUUCCAUUUUGAAAUUUAUUGUUCUGAAACUUGUGUUUUCAUCUCCUCUGUAACUAAUCGUUGGAUCGUGCUUAAACUGUCACAGUUGAAUGACCUUAAUGUGUUAAAGAAAAGAAUUUUGGCUGCGACAUGUUUGGCAGAAUUAUGGUGGAUUGUCUGUUUUUCCACUGUAAAGCAUAUAGUUCCAAAAAUGUGUUUAACUCUUUUAACUACUUUGCGGAUUUCGCUAAAACUUUUCCAGCUGAAUGUGGAGAUGACGGAAAUUUGACAGUGACCAGCUUGGCCCUAUGUCAUUUUCAAGAGAAGAUAGUGAAAUUGUCUGUGUCCAAACAGGCAUUGUUGGGGCAUCAAUGCCUCUAACACAUUUCUAGUGUAAUUCCUUUGAUAUUUAUCACUAAGGGUUUUACCAACUUAAAGCAAUAUAUUAUUUGGAAUCUUUGAAACUCUGCUUUUCUAUUACUGUGUUUUGUACUGUGUUAGUAUAAUCUCGAUUCUAUAGUGUCAGUUCCAUGCUGUUUUCUAGUUACUGUUGUUUUGUUAAUUUACAUGUAAUUCAUUUGUAAGAUCGGGUAUAUUUACAGGUACAUGUUGUAUUUUACCCACAUCAUAUGAAAAUGGGUCUUAUGCCAAAUGCUUCCAGCUAAGCUCCAGCCCAGCCUUGACUCAGCGUAGUUUGGUCAAGAGUUACCCUUACCGCAAAUGAAACCACAAAACCUUGUGUGACUAUCACAGACAGCAUAUGCUAUAAAGUAGGCUAUAGCGUUAUUGCACAUGCUAUUCUGGAGGUAUGCUGUCUGUACAUGGCUUGAGACCUUUUUUCGCAUAAUGCAGCUCAUUUGAAGUUGGAUAAAGAAUGAUUAUUUAGAGCAUGUUAAGGAUUAUUUACCUGAAUAGGUGCGAUUUGUUUUAAGCUAUUGGACAUAAUAAUCAAUACAAAUAUUUAUGUACCCAGUAUGUGAUGACAUGUUUUAUAUGAAGUAAGAUUUUUUUCCCAGAUCUAUGAAAUAUGCUUUACAUCUGAGAGAUUAUCUUUUUUUUUUUAAAGUCAUCCAUCAAUAAGAAAAUUUAAACAUAAUACAUAUGUAUUAAACAGAAUAUGAAUGUUUUAUUUCAAUUAUUUAUAUUGUGUAACAAUCUGAUAUGAGUUUGCAUUUGGAGAUUUUAUCAAAGUUAAAAAAAUCAGGAUGUGUUUCAGGUACUCACUUGCAUAAAGUUUUACAAAUCAACAUGUAACAUAUGACAUGUAUGUGAGAUUAAUUGUAUUUUGACAUUUAGCUUUACAUGUAAAUGAUUUGUUCAUUGUUUCCAGUUUCUGUUAUGCUUUUUAGAUUGUAUUUGUGCUGAGAUUUCUAUAGCUUUUAUCUUUUAUAUGGAGACAGAAUAAAAUUGUCAUAUGGUGGAGCUGUUGUAUAAUAUUGACAUAGAGAUGUUUGCUGUGUCCGAUAUGUUAUCAGUUAUGCUAUCCUUUGUACAAUUUUCUUGUUAGUUUAUUAAGUUAACUAAAAAUAUUAUUAAAUAUAAAAUUCCU